AUGCUUGAAGAUGAAUUGAAACAGAUCGAUGAUCAUCUAAAUCGGUUGAUUACUGAACGCGAUCAAUGUAUAUCGAAAUUAGAUCAAGAAAAACAUACAAAACAACAAUUGGAACAAGAAUUACAUCAAGAAGAAAAAAAGCAACGUGACAUCGAACGAACUAUCAAAGAACACACAAAACAGGUAUGUAGGGUUGAAAAGGAAUUGCGCAAGAGUCAAACUCAAGAAGCAGCAGCUCGAGCUGACGAAGCCCAAGCACGAAACAAUUUUCGAAUCGCUGAAGCAGCAUUAGCUCGAGCUCAAGCUCAAUUAGCAGCCGUCAAGGGAGCGGCAGAAAUUCAUUCGAAUACAUUAGAUUUAGUUGAAAAGAAUUUAAUUACGUGUAAGUUGAAUUUGAAAAUGUUUGGACAAGCUCUUGUAAUGCGCACUCAAGUGUUUGAACUUCGUAGAAAACAUCAUCUUACUACUCAAGCUAAAACAAUUCAAUGUCGAACACAGCUUGAACAAAUUCGAACGACUUUGCAUACAGAAGAAACACAACUCGCUAGUCAAAAACGAACUAUUACUGAGAAUAAAACUAAAAUUGACAAUCAAAAACAAAUCAUUAAGCAAGUUAAAAACAAAUUACAAGUAUUAAACAACGAUUAUCAGCGAGUCAAAACACAAGCCAAACAAAAACGUCGAGAAGUGCCCCAGACACAAGGUGAACUUGAAAAGCAAACGAAAAUAUUACAAACACUUGAAAAUGAAGGAAAUCAAUUGAAACAAUCAGUCGAAAGUCUGACGGAGAAAUUCGAACAGCUUAAGAUCGAAUCACAUCAAUUACAACAACAAGUCCAGGAAACUGAACAGCAAUACGCGGCUAAAAAAGCUGAAAACGCACAUCAAAAGACACAACAAGCAAAUAAACUUGCCGAACUGCAUAAUAACGAGCAGGACGUUCAACAACAACAAGCCAUUGCGCAUGAAAAAUAUCUUUUACGUCAACAAGCUCAAAUCCAACGGGAAACCACCAACGUGAAUAUUGGUAUGGUUUCUAAGUCGAUUGUCGAAUUAGAAAAUGAUUCGAUUGAACAACAACGCAUUAUGCAGGUUAGACAGCAACAACUGCCGAAACUGAAUGAAGAACGGACUCGAAUCGAAACCGAAUUGUUUGCACAAGUACAGGAGAAACAACGAUGCACUGAUGAUGUACAUCGUUUACAGCGUGAGAUUAAACAACAACAACGUACUCGAAAUGAAAAACAGCAGAUAAUGAUCGAGUUAAAAUCUCAAAUUAAUUUGAAAGAAGAAGACUUGAAGUUGAGACAACGUGAACAGGCAAAUCUUGAGAGGCAAUUGACAACUAUCGAAGCAAAACAGGUUACUACACAUGAAAAGAUAGUUGACAUUGAUGGACGUAUACGUACACUCGAUUACAAUAUCCAACAACAGAUUGUCUCGAAAAACCAUGCUGAACAGCUAAUUAACCAGAACAAAACGGAGUUAGUUAAUAUUGAAGGAAAGUUACAGCAUGUCACUUACAUGCGUCGUCAGAAACAACAGAGAGAAGAGAUAACGAAAAGAAAUAUUGAAAUACUCGUCGGUCAGAUCAACCAACAUUGUUUAGCUCAAAUUGAGACGGAUAAACAACUUGAACAGGCAUAUAAUCGAAUGAGCAUACAACGUGCAAAUACUGCAAGUUUGACAAUUAAACUUCAUCAACUGGACACGACUAUCCGACCAUAUGCAAUAGAACAGAAUGUGGAUCAAUGCGAAAAUCCCAUCGUUGACCAGCAUUCGAUAGAUGAACAGAUAAACGUAUUUCAGAAUAUGCAUGUCGAACAGACACAGGUUCAUCAGCAAGAAGUGCAUCGUCAUCGAAAUCUGCAACAAAAAACACUUUCGAACCAUAGCUAGUUUAUCCCUUUGAGGACGGGAUUACUUUGAAAAAGAAUGGGGAUUUCCGAAACUCUAAAAUGAUGUAUAUAUUAGAAACAAGAUCAAUGAGGGCGCAAUACACAUGAUAGUGUCACACUACAUCGGACAUGGCAGAUCUAUGACCUGUGCAGCAUAUAGAUUAUAACAGUAUCAUAAGAGACAUAUGCGUAAGUCGGUUAUCAUCCGGUCCAGAGCCGUUGCCUAUAUAUAGGCUUCCCGUCCCCAAAGGGUUAUUCCACAUGUUUUUAACAGAAAAUAACUCUUCUGACACUUUUUUUCUUCAAUAAAUAAAUGAUAACCUAUCAAUCUUUUCUUGGAUGGGAAUCGUUGCAGUUUCUUCACUGCCUUUUCACAUCGUUCACUUGAUUGAGGGUGAGUGAAUGGAUGGAUGGAGUGAGGAUAAUAGAUGCCACUUGAGGGUGUGAGUGUGGAUGGGGUGUGGGGUGUGGGUGUGGGUGGG